AUGGGCGUCUCUACAGCGAGCUUCCUCGCCUUAAUAUAUUUCCUUGCGACUACGGCAUUUGUCACAGCCCAGACUUCCUCUUUACCCAUAUACAAUUUAGGAACCGACAUCACGGAAUUUAUCCCAUUAUGCGCGCGGUCAUGUUUUGCUUCGUUUCUUUCCGCGAACUUUCCAGUGUCCGCAUGCACGACAUCCCCAACUUUAGAUUGCUUCUGCACACAUAAGAGCUCGACAGGAUAUACAGCGGGGGAGGGGGCACUACAGUGCCUUAUAGCCGAAGAGAAUGUGGGGUUCUGUGUAGGAGAUACCAGCAGUAGCUCGGCCUCGAAAAAGGCUUAUAACAUGUGUGGUGGGAAGGCCAAUGCAUUACCAAACACGCACGCGGUACUUCGGGCGACUAUCAUUGUCGAUACUGUAGCCUCAACGACCGCUGCCACCACGAGCAGUAGCUCCUCUAAGCCAGCAAGCACUUCUAGUGCCACCGCAGAUUCGAGCACUACCAGUACGACUGCGGAUUCUACCACACUUGUUUCAAGCAUGACAUCUCAAACGACGAGCGAUUAUCCCUCGACUUCAGAAAGCGCCGUAGCCAGCCCUACUGCACCGGCUUCCGCCCAAGACUCCUCGGCUUCUCGAGUGGCAGGAACUCAGUUAAGCUCGCCACAGCUGGCUGGUAUUGUUGUAGCAAGCGUUGGUGCCGCUGUGCUGGCCAUUGUAGCCAUUGUGGUCGCAGCUUGUUUGAGGCGGAGACGACGAAGGAGUCGAGAACGAGACAGCGAUACUAAUAGUCUGCCUUUCCAAAACGACCCUUCAAAAGGCGAAAAAUAUUAUCAAAAUGGGCUAGGAAAUGGGCCCGCCGGGCCUCCGGGAUUGAAGAAAACGCCGCCUCCAAGGUUCCCACUGGAUUAUGGGGAUCCUGGAAUAACCCUCCCAACAGACCAGAUUGGGAUGGCAGUUUCACCAGAGGUAAAGCAAUAUAUAUUGCCUACAAACGGGCUACCCGAAAAGCCUAAGUUACGACUGUAUGUUCCACCUGAAUCCGUUGCGAAAGACAUACCACAACCUAUGCCACGAAAACAAAAUGAUUACUACGACCAAGGACUACCGAGCCGAGAUAGCGCGAUGACCCAGUUUGAAGAAGACAGCACUCCAUACACUCGUUUCAGCUAUGAAGAAGAUAAUACUAUAUAUUACGGCCUCCGGAAUGGCGAUAUAAAAUCGUCGCUACCAAUCACCACUGCUGCAACACUGCAAAGGGCAGGUUCUUCCGGAAAUGGGCUAAGGCCACAGGAGAUCCGAAAGCCAGGUCUUAGCUUUUCAAAGCGUCUGCAACCAGGCACGGCAACUUCUAGUGCAUAUUCAGGGCGAAGUUCGCCACGAGAAAGUGCAGCGAAUUACCAACACAGCCGACAGUCGCCAUACGACGCAUAUACGCCGUAUUGA